GCUCGUGUAGUUUUCUUCUUUCGUCACACACCAAGCCAAAGCGAACAUAAAAACAACUCAUUAGUUGUCAUUCAUUACUUGAGCUUGCUUCAAAAUGGCUGAACUUUUUGCCAAAUACAGUUGCACGUACUGUCAAGAAGAUAUCAUAGGUGUAAGAGUUCACUGCGCGGAUUGUGUUGACUUUGAAUUGUGUCCGCAGUGUUUUGCUUGCGGUGCUGAAAUUGGUCCGCAUAAAAAUGAUCACGCGUAUCAAUUUAUGGAUACCGGUGUUUUAUCAUUGACCCGAAGUAAAAAUGGUUGGACGGCCCGUGAAGAAGUUCAUCUAUUGGAUGCAGUCGAACAGUUUGGCUUUGGCAGUUGGGAAGAUAUAAGCAAACAUAUUGAAACAAGAAGUGCAGAAGAUGCGAAAGAAGAAUAUAUAAAUAAGUAUUUACUUGGAACGAUUGGUCGUUAUACAUGGGGUCCGGCCGCUGAACAAAAGCCACAACUUGUCGAUCAUACAGUGGAAGAUAAGGGGCCACUUGGACAUUUGUUGACACAACGAUUGCCACCAAUCGAUGUAGAAGUAGAGGAAGCCAAACAAUUGGGUUAUAUGCCAUUCCGAAAUGUAUUUGAACGUGAAUACGAUCCAACCGCCGAACAAUUGGUGUCGAGUUUAUCAUUGAAUCAAGACGAUGAUGAUAUUGAUUUAAUUUUAAAAUUAGCACAAGUAGAUAUUUACACAAGACGCCUGCGUGAACGUACACGUCGGAAGCGAAUUGUUCGUGACUUUCAAUUGAUUAUGAACUUUUUCCGGGGAAGUAAUGUGAUCAAUGCCCGACGACGUCAAUCAAAAGAGCAACGAGAAUUUCGCGAUCGAUUUCGGGUUUUUGCCCAAUUUUAUACGGCAUACGAAUUCGAUCGGCGAUUAAAUUCAUUUGAACGGGAAAAAGCGCUACGCAUUCGAUUGUCCGAACUGAGCCGAUACAGAUGGAAUGGUUUAACAAGAAUCGAUGAAUGCAUUCACUUUGAACAACAUGCCGCCGCCGCUCAGGCACGAAACACAGGACCAUACGGACAAUUCGGAAAAACGGACAAUCGAAUCGGUGGAGAACGGCCUCAGUCAUCUUUGCCCUCAAAAAAAGCGGAAAGCGGAAGCGAAAGAAUCGAAAACUCAAAUUCCAUCGACCCAAAGUGCACGCGCCCCAUCGACGACCCGGUCUCCUCCGACGUCUCAUCGCACAACAAAAAUUGCUCGGAUAAGAGUUCAAAUGUCAUUAUGCCAACACUUGAUACAUCAAAGCAAUUGGGAGGCCAACUGUUAUCACCGAACGAAAUCAACAUUUGUUCAACGUAUAAUUUACCGCCAACAACAUUUAUAACAAUGAAAGCGGUAUUUCUAAGCGGCCGAGAUCACGUAUCUCGCACACCAAACACACCAGUCGAAAAUAAGGUUAAAAAUUAUCUCAUCAAAUCGGGCUGGAUGAAAACGGGAUAUUGAAAACUCAACUUAAGUCAAACAUCAUCACAACAUUCAAAAAUAUUCUCAAAUUGAAUUGAAAAUGUUUUCUCUUGAUCAUCCAUAUGUUGAACUACAUACGUAUUAUUAAGGAUAUUUUUUUCUUUUCACUCAUUAUUUUCAUGUAAACUUGUAUAUAGUUUUACGUACAAACUGAAGAAACUAGUUCAAAUCGAAAGUUAAUUUUAAGUCAAAAGACUCGAAACACAUUAGUUUUAUUUUGUAAAUGUAGCAAAAUAUUUAUUAAACAACACAACAAUAUUAAAUGAAAUGCAAAUUGAAA